AUGGUUGAAUACGUACCACCCCCCAAGGACUUCUCCCACCUGAAUCCGAUCCAGAGGUACAUGCAGAAGGGUUCGCUUGACAAACAAGACUACGUAUGGCUAUUCAUCAUGGUCCUCGCCUAUUUCACGGCCCGGCCGUACAUCCAGGAGCUAGCCAAGCGCUUCUUCAGUCCUAACACCGAGGAAGGCGAGCGUAUUCGUCAAGACUAUAUCAAGUCAAAGGCCAAAGCUAAGGUUGGGCCAAAUGCCAUUAGAGGGACAGAUCAUCAAGAGUUGGAAACCAUUCCCGAGAGCAAGGAAGAUGUUACCACUACAGGUACACAGAGCACGUCCAAGGGAAAGGCCAUCAAUCGCAAGAAUAAAGAGAAAUCACUACAAGACCAAUUAUUGGACUGGGAUGACGUGCCUCCUAGACCAGCCGAGGAGCCCGAUAAAGCAGACGUUGUGUCGUGGCUUGACAAAUGGUCAAAGGAG